AUGCAGCAGCAGCAGCAGCAGCAGCAGCAGCAGCAGCAGCAGGCCUUCGGUGCUGGGCUGCCUCGCGAGGUGCUGCAGAGAGUUGCAGACUCUCUCGGGCUGCAUGCAGAUGGCAAUUACCAAGCCACGCAGUGGCUGCUGCAGCUGCAGCAGGAGCCGCAGCUGCAGCAGCUGCUGCAGUGGCUGCUGCACCCUUUUGCGGUCUUCCCGCCGCUGUCGGUGAAGUGCAAGACUUUCGCUUUGCUGCAGCAGCAAGAGCAGCAGAAGCUGCAGCAGCAGCAGCAGCACGCUGCUGCCACGGAAGCUGCUGCAGACGCUUACCGCAGAUAUGAUGAAGCAGCAAAACUUGUUGCGCUGCAGCUGCUGCUGGAAGCAGUUAAGAAGCACUGGCACUGCAGCUGGGACGAGCAGCAGCAGCUGCUGCUGCAGCGGUGCGUGCUGCAGCUGAUACAGCAGCCCACGCUGCAGCAGCAGCACGACGCGCUGCUGCUGCCUCCUGCAGCAGCAGCUGCAGCAGCAGCAGCGCAGCAGUCAAAUGUGCCUGCGUUCUCGCUUCUGAUGAAGGCCUCGCAGUGCCUAGCAGCAAUGUGCUGCUGCAGCAAAACAGGAGCAGCAGCAGCAGCAACAGCAAGGCAGCUGCUGCUGCAGCUAGCCUCAGGAGCCACUGGGCUUUCUGUAGACGGGCUGCUGCAGAGCCCAGACCUCAACGACCCCACAGCUGACCCGCAGCAAUUUGCUGCGCUGGUGCAGCAGCAGCAGAAGCAGCAGCAGCUGCUGCCGCCUGCGCAGCAGCAGCAGGCCUUCGUUUCUGCAUGCGUCUUUCUUGGGGUUCUCCUCGAGAUCUCACUAGAGCUUAACGAGGAAAACAACACACUGAUGGGGUCUUUGAGUGGGAAGCUGCGGCGGCAAGUUGCGCAGGCGCUGCACAAGGAGUUCACUGGCUGCAGCAACUUGCUGCUGCAGCUGACGCGCUGUUUGCUGCUGCUGUUUUCGGAUGCAGCAGCGCGCUCCCACCUGCAGCCCCUGGCUCUGGACUGCAUCAGGUGCCUCGCUGCGCUGGGCGACGUUGCUGCAGUGCUGCAGUGCCUCUGCAGCUGGGGCCUGGGGGGCGCGGAGUUUCAGGGGGCUGAGGGUUUGCUGCUGCAGGCCCUGGAUGUUGUGAAUGAGCGGCUCGUUAGAAAAAGACAAAAGAAACAGGCGAUAGAAGGCGUGAGCGCAGAGAGCGCCACUGCCUUCUGCUGCCUCCUUCUCCAGUCUGCUGCUUCUGUUUUGGCGCUGCCAGUUACUGAAGACUUUGUGGGCGAGGAGCUUCUCUCGCUUCAACUCCUCGUCGCCGGCCUCCUGAAGAACUUUGUAGAGAACUGCGGAGAUUACGUGCUGCGGCACUUUGAGCCGGAGGUGCUGGGGGCUUUGCUGCGCAGCGGCAUUCUGCGGGUGGCGAUGCACCCCUCUGUGCGGGUUGCCUGCCACGGGAUAGCAGCAGCUGCUGCACUUCUUCGCAGGCUGGUGAGUCUGAGUGCUGCAGAGGAGGCGCCGCAGCAGCAGCAGCAGCAGCAGCAGCAGCAGCUGCCCCAGUGGCUGGACACCAGGGCCCUGCUGUCGGUCUCCUUCGUCCGCUGCCUCCGCAUGGGAGACCCCCAGAUCGUCAAGCUGCUGCAGCCUGCUGCUGCUGCUGCUCUCAACUCUGUGGCUGCGCGGCUGCUGGAGACCGUGGGCGACAGCGCAGCAGCAGCAGCAGCAGCAGCAGUCGCGGCGCUCGCGGCGCGGCGGCAGGCGCUGCAGCAGAAGCUCCUCGCCCAGCAGCAGCAGCAGCAGCAGCAGCAGCAGCAGCAAGACGAGCAGGAGGCGCGGCGCAUGAGCAGCAAAAGAAAAGAAAUGCUGUCUCAGCUGCGGGCCUUGGAAGCAUCUUUAAGGGCCCUUGAGGCGCUGCAGCUGCUGCCGCUUCCCUGCACGGCAAACUGGGUCCACACUGUCGCGAUGUACGCAGAGGCGGAAGAUGCCGUGGCUAGGGACUCGACAGAUAAUUUCCCAGCACGCUUUGCCGGCCUCAAGUCUUCAGCGCUUUUGGGCCUCACGACACUCGUUGGACUUUCUCCCGCCGCCGCCGAGGCCACGACUGCGUGGACAGAAGAAGUCUGCAGCCAGCUGCUGGAAUCGCCUUUGCUGCUGCAGCGGCAGGGGUCGCCGGACUCGCUGCUGCUGCUGGUGCUGCAGGCAGCAGCAGCAGGAAAGCAGUACGAACUCGCAGACAAGAACCAGCCCUCUCUGUUCCCCUCUUGCAUUCUGCUGGACGGCUGCUGCUCCUUCGUGGAGGCGCAGGUGCAGCGGCUGAAGAGCGCGUGCUUGACAGCAGCAGCAGCGCAGCAAGGCAGCGCAGCAGCAGCAACUGCUGCUGUCACUGCCUGGCUGCUGCCGCAAAACGCAGUCGACUCCCCCUGGCUGCUGCGGCUCUGUGGGGUCUUCGGGGGCCUCGUGCGGAUUCCGCUGUUCGAUGCUGCUCGUGCUGCUGCUGCUGCUGCGGUUGCGGAGCGCGCCAAGGCAGCAGCAGCAGCAGCGCGCAGCGCCGAAGCAGCAGCAGCAACCUUCAGCAGCAGCGGCGUUUCUCUCCACGACUACUUUCUAGAAAUCCGCAGACUCGAAUUCGUUUCUGGAGCUUCUUAUCUUCUCAACUACUCGCCGCCUCUGGACAUCAAAAGCAUUCUCGACCUGCUCUUCCACCACAUCCUGUCGAGCGAGAACGCAGCAACCCACGUGGAAAACGUGUGGGCCUACCCACUGACAGCCCCGCAGCAAAUCCACCUUUGCCGCCGCCGGGCGCUGCAGACUCUCAUCUCCAUAUCCAGCGCUGGCUCUGAGGGGCUGCAGCAGUACUUGCCGCUGCUGCUGCAGCACAUCCAGAAGAAGAUGCAGGACGCAGCAACAGAGCAGCAGCUGCUGCAGUCGGAGCGGGGGCUGCUGAUGGAGGCCUUCGUGUCUCUGGUGUCUGCAACGGGAAACUACGCGCUGCAGCAGCAGCACACGCUGCCGCUGAUAGAGCCGUUUGCUGCUGCGCUGCGGGGGCUGCUGGGCGAAGUGGAGCAGCAGAAGCAGCAGCUGCUGCACAGAGACCCAGACGGCGGGGCCUCAGCAGCUUUGCUGCCGCCCACCACCGGCCUUUUGUUUUACCUUUUCGGAGAUGUGCGCAGAGAGCAGACGCAGCAGGAAGAAGAGGAAGCAGCCAAACGCAGGAGGGCGCUGGCGCGCGUGCUGUCCUCGCUGGAGACUUCUAUUAAGCGCACGACAAUCCCCAGUGACCCGGGAGCAGCACGAGCUGGGGGCUACACAGUGGAGUGCAGCAGCAGCAGCAGCAGCAGCAAAGUGCUGCCGAUGGAGGCCUUUGCUGACGGGCAAGAAGACGAAGAGCUGAGGAAGCCUUUCCCGCAGUGCCUGCAUGAGCUGCUGCUGCAGCAGCAGCAGCAGAAGCAGCUGCUGCCCAGGAGGCACCCGCUUGCUGCUGCAGUGCAGAAUCUGCUGCCUUCUCUUUUUGACUUCCUCGUGCGGCUGCAGCAGCUGUGGACGGAGGAGGUGAGCGACGCCAGCUUCCCCUACCUGCGGGAGCUGCUGGAGCCUGGGGCUGAUGAGUUCUUAGCAGUGCAAGGAACUGCUUCUGCACUGGCUGGAGACGGGGCAGCUUUGUCUCGAGCCGUGCUGCUGGCGUUCCCGUGCCGCAGCAGCAGCAGCAGCAGCAGCAGCAGCAGCCCGCGCAGCAGCAGCAGCCCCAGCAGCAGCAGCAGCGGCGUGGGCGAGCGCGAGGCCGCCGUGCUGCUCACCCGCAGACACUGCUACCACCUGCGCACUUUGGCCUACAGGCUGGCAGGCACUUGUGCCUUAGCAGCAGAAGCUUUCUUUUUGCUGCCAGACUUGCCCGAAAGACUUGUCAGUUCGCUGCUGCUGCCGCUGCGGCAGCAGCUCCCGCUGCAGCACGUCGAGCAGCAGCUCCGCUUCUUCUGGUCCCCAGUCCUCGACGCAGAGACGCUGCCCCCACAGCCGCCCUACCCCUCGCAGCAGCUGCUGCUGUUUUUCGUCAACGAGGGGCUGCUGCCGCUGCUGCAGCGGCUGCGGGCCGAGUGGACAGCCGUCGCUGAAGCAAAGAGAGCAAUGGAGACGGAGAGCAGCAGCAGCAGCAGCAGCAGCAGCAGCGAGGAGGAGAGGCGGCUGGGCGUGUACCUGCAGCGGGUGUAUGCCCUCAGCAACGUCGGCGAAGUGCUGCUGCAGCAGAUCGGCUCGCUGCUGCACCACAAGACCAACUCCGUGGUUGCUGCUGCUGCUGCCAACAGCAGCAGCAGCAACGGGGCCAAGACCCCCACCAAUGCAUGCAUCAGCAAACUAAAUGCAAGUGCUGCUGUUUCUGCAUCUCCAGCAGAUGAUGAGGAGGCCCCGCGAAUUGCCCGCCAGGAGAGCAACACGAGCCUCCCUGGCAGCAGCAGCAGCAGCAGCAGCAGCAGCAGCAGCGCAAGCGAAUUGCGGUUGGGGGUCUACUACAACGCUGCGCUGCUGCAGCCGCUCGUUGCUGCUGUCCUCGAGCUUCAGCGCUGGCCCAUCCCCACUAUCAUUCACCAGGGACACGCGGUGCUGAGGGCUGUGGGGAAAACAGCAGCAAAGCUGCCUCCCCCUGUGCCUGCCAGCCUGCUGGACUUGUGCUGCAUCGGCUUGUCGCAGCUCAUUUCGUCUUAUCUGGAUGUCUCGCCGUUUGACCCGUUUGCCUUUGGCUGCGCCUCGCUGCAGCAGCAGCUGAUGCAGCAGCAGCACGAAAGCGGGGGCUGCACACCUCUGCAGAAAUAUAUAACAGGUGCAGAUGCUGCAGGCAGCGGCGCCUCUUUGCUGCUGGACUACACCGGCAGCAUUUACCAGCUUCUGAAGGCCCUCGUCAAGGCUGCCAGCGCGAAGGAGAAAGCUGCAGACAACUCUGCAACAAUAAAGCAGCAGGCUGCUGCUGCCAUGAGCGGCCCCAGAGUUGUGGCUGCACUAAACCUCUUCCGGGCGCCGGAGCUAGCCCACCCGCUUUCGGGCGAGGAGAUUGAGUUGCUGCUGACGGCGCUGCUGCAGUCAGAGACAAAAGACAGCAAAGGCGUUUUGAAGCAUUUCCUACAGAGCAACAGAGAGGCUCUUCUGCAGGCAGGAUGGGCUGCUGCUGCUGCUGUUGCUGCUGCUGCUGUUGGCGUGGUGGCUGCGAGCUGUGCUGCUGCUGCUGCUGCUGCUGUAGCUGCUGCGUCUGCUAUUCCUGCAAGGCCACUGGCGUCUGCUUAG